UCCUCAUCAAACGGGUUGUAGCUUUGAAGUAGGUCACUGUCUUCUCACUCUUCAUCCUGAAGCUAUGAAGGAAGCCGCUCUUCUGAUCGUCCUGCUUUCUGCAGCUGCUGCAGCAACUUCACAUCUAAAUUGCAGCGUCACAAAGUCAAAAGAGGGUUCUUUCAGAUACCAGACCUCAGAGAAUCCCAACUCUCCUAAAUGCAUCACGUCCUGGGAAGACAGGAAUGGGACCGUCAUUAAAGACAUCAGUGAAAAGGCAGACAGGAACCUGGUGAUGAACCACACCCUUACCUCUGUGGAGCUGAGAGGAUGCAAAGACUUUCUGCUACACAAGCGGGAAUGUGGCGGGGUUCAGCUGGAGGCUUCCUGCUCUGUGAACUGCAGCCUCUUUGUGGUCAAGAGUCAGCCAGCUACCAUGGUGUGUCUUUCUUCAAACAUCUGCAUCGACAAAGUGACUGCAGGAGUUUCUGCUGCCGCCGUCGCCAUCAUUUUGCUGCUCCUGGCGCUCCUCCUGUGGGUUGUCUGGAAAUGGAGAGCUGGAGGCUGCAGAUGUGCUCGAGGGCAUUACACUCCACGCGACCAGGAACAGGUUCAGAUUGAAAUGGAAGAAAAGGAAACAAGCAAAACACCUGUGACUGAAACUGGUGCAAAAGUGAAACUUUUAACUAUUUAAACAAAACAUAUUGUGAAAAAGAGGCACUGGAACAUGGAGCUCUGCAGAGUCUGAGCAGAAUGGCUGUUUCCAGGGAAACAGUUAUCCCUUUGCAGCAGAGGGAUUCUGUGAGUGUUGGCGACUGCAACCAACACAGAGAAAGAGGGACUAUCUGUUUUUGCAACAAAUUCAUAUCAUUUUAUUACUGUUUUGCAAGUUUUCUUUGAAUCUACCAUCAUAUCAAACUUUGUUUUUUUUUUGUAACUGUUCAUUAAGAAAUUAACAGAAUUAUUGGAUCAGGGUUUGGCUUCUGUUAACAAAGUAAAGGUUCAUUUUCAGGCUUCAAUCCCAACUUUUGGCUGAAAUCUUUCCUUUUUGAAAACAGAAUAACCUGGAUUCAGGUAAGUAGGGGGCUUGUUUGUUACUUAAAGAACUCAGGUCAUACUUACUCUAGUUUAAAGUGUUUUAGCAGUUCAUUGAAAAUAAAUGUCUUAUUUUUCAGCUCAAACAUUUUUCCCCGCUCCAAACGCAUAACCAUGGUGCUUAUGAUCAUAUUGUGAUUGAGCAACUUCUACCUUUUAUGGGAAUGGGAGUGUCUCACACAGUUGACACUUGGAGGGGGGCGGGGAGGUAAUGCAGCAGAAAGACAGUUUAGUCAUGUUUAGAAAAAUGCUGAGUCAGCUUUGAUUGUAUUUGAACUGUUUGCUGCUGGUAAAUCCCAGAACGUGUCUAUUUAUUAGUAAACCACAGCCGUUACCGAUCAAAAGAAUGUUUGGGUUAGGAUUCCUCAUUUUCAAAGGUUUUGGUGUGAACUUGUUCAAGAGGGCUUCUAUAUUUUUAUGUGCUACUUAUAAACUAUGCAAUAAAGUUAUAUUUUCACAAA